AAAGUCAUUGAAAAUCAUGAUACAAUACCAGCCCCUAAAUUCAACUUUGGUGGGAAUUCGAAAUUUCAUAUUUUAGUUGAGCUUCACUUCCAAUCGAUACACACAAGAUAUACAUACAUAAACACGUACAAUUCAUCGAUUCUACUUAUUGCAAUUCUCUGCGAGGAGUGAUUCGUAUAGAAGCUUCUAGAGCUGCGUGCUUGUUCAAUAUACAAAUAUAAUUCAGAAAAAAUAAUGGAGCCGGAGGGAUUUGUAGCUGAAAUUGAACGGUAUAGGGCGCUAGAUUCCGAGGAAUUGCUGAUUGAAGAAGUCGAAAGCCUCGAUGAAUCUUUCGAAGAAGAUAACACCGAUUUUAAUCGUGCUUAUGGAGAGGCCUUUGGAUCUUCUGUACAUGCCUUUGAUCCCACACUGGCUUCGUUGCACAGUUAUCUCGGAGAAGUUGAAGAUGCUCAGAAUAGGCAUUCUUUCUUGGAAGGUGGCGCCAUAGUGAAUAUUCCCUUGUCCUAUCUAGAAGGGGAAGUUCUCUUCCCAGGGCAGACCCUUCGUCUAAAAGUUAUUGAGCCUAAAAUUAUAGCUGCUAUGGAAAGCGCUUUGAACCAAACUGGUACUCGUUAUAUUUUAGGCGUGGUGUCUGUUUAUAGAGAUUCUUGUAAUGGGGAGAUGCGAGUUGCAACCACCGGGACUACAACAGAGAUACUUCAACUCAGGCAGUUAGAUGAUGGCUCAUGGAACGUGCUCACUCGUGGUCAACAACGUUUCCGUCUGAGAGGCCGGUGGAUUACUGUUGAGGGAACUCCAUGUGGGGAGAUACAAAUCAUCCAUGAAGAUGUUCCAUCAAGAACCCCGCGGGAUGCAGUGGAAAGACAAGCACCAUGGAGUAACUCACAUACUAUUAAUGGUUUACAAAAUAAACAAAAUGGCCUUCAUGAUGAUUCAGAUGCACUGUCAGAUGAUAGUUUUACAAGUGAACUUUCUGCAACAGAAAGGAGAUUGCAUGAAUCUGCACUUGCUUCUUCUAGGGGUUCUAAACAAACUGACGAGUUAGCAACUGAAGCGGAUGAUUCUGAGUUUAAACUCCAAUCAGGACACUUCCAGUUAUCCAUGUUUCCUAAUUUACAUCAUUCAGUCGAUAAAAAAAAUAAUGUGAAUAAAAUUGUGACAGAAACUAUAUCAGAUUUUCCUACUCAUGAAGGACUUGGACGGAGAAAAGGUUCAAUAUGCAGUUAUCAUGAAGUUUCAAAAGCUUUUUGGCCAUCUUGGGUUUACCAUAUGUACGAUUCAUACUGUCUUGCUCAAAAGGUGGCAGGUAUGUGGAAAAAUAUAGUCAAGGAACCAAGCAUGGAUGGUCUUCUAAAGAACCCCGAUAUCAUGUCAUUUCAAAUUGCUAGCAAAAUUCCUGUUUCUGUGUCUACAAGACAGGAGCUUUUGGAUAUCGAUGGUAUAUCCAACAGACUGCGUCGAGAAAUAGAGUUACUAGAGAGUUUUGAUUGUGUUCGAUGUAAAAAUUGUCAGGCAGUUAUCGCAAAGAAAAGUGAUAUGUUGGUGAUGCCUAGUGAUGGUCCUCUUGGAGCCUAUCCGAAUUCCUGUGGUUAUGUGCAUGAGAUACUGACUCUCCUUAAAGUGAAUGGCUUAAGCCUUGCUGGACAUCCCAGUGAAAAAUACAGCUGGUUUUCAGGGUAUGCGUGGACAAUUGCACAUUGUACAAAUUGUGAAUGCCAAAUGGGCUGGUGUUUCACUUCUACAAAUAAAAACGUGAAUCUUCAAUCCUUUUGGGGCAUCCGUAUCUCCCGAAUUGCUGAUGGCGCAUGCUUAAAGUAGCAUAAGUACAGACAGUUGCCUAAGAAAUAUCCUACCUGCCGCCUGUUGAUCUAAAUUUGCUCAGGCCACAAGUGGCAUGUAACAUGUCUCCUACUGUAAUCCAGACAUUCAGUCUUCCAACUGCAAAAAUGUUUGUUUGCUAGUUUAAGAAGAUAUGGCAAUGAGAUUGAGGAUCAUGCUUGUAAAAUCACUCGCAUAUUCUUAAUAUCUUCCAACUGUAUGUCGGCAAUUACCGGCCAUCAUCAUUUGUUAUUACUAUCAUUAUCUUCUUCCUCAAAAAGUUUUUGCUCAG